AUGAAUGAAAAGAUUAGAGUUUUAUCAUUAAAUUGCUGGGGAUUAAAAUAUAUAUCAAAUUAUCGCAAAAAACGUCUUAAUUUUAUUUCUGAACGUAUUGCAUCUGAAGAUUAUCAUAUAGUAGGCCUUCAAGAAGUUUGGGUAUAUUCGGAUUAUGAGAAUCUCAGAAAUAAAACAAAACAUAAACUUCCUUAUGGAAAAUUUUACUUUAGUGGUGUUUUUGGAUCAGGACUUGUUAUUCUUUCUAAAUUUCCUAUUCAGUCAACAUCCAUGUAUAAAUACUCUUUAAACGGAAAACCAAAUGCUUUUUAUCAUGGUGACUGGUAUGUAGGAAAAGGUGUAGCAAUGGCAACGCUUUUAAUGCCUAAUGGAAAAAAAGUUGAAUUUUUUAAUACUCAUCUUCAUGCAUCUUACGAAAAAGAAAAAGAUCGCUAUUUAUGUCAUAAAAUAUCACAAGCCUGGGAAAUUUCAAAAUUAAUAUCAUCUGCUUUUGCAUCGGGAAAAUUAAUAAUCAUUGUUGGGGAUUUUAAUUCAACACCUGAUAGUAUUAUUUUUAAAAUUAUUUCUUUUAAUAGCUCAAUUUCUGAUUCAUGGAGUAUUAACUUAGACCAAGAUCAAUAUCUCAAAAAACCGCUAAGCAAAGAAAAAAUUGUAGAAAAAUUAUGUCUUACAUGCGAUUCACCUAUCAAUACAUGGAGAAUGAAAAAGUGGAAAAAGUAUCCAGAAAAAUGUGAAGCAAAAAGAUUGGAUUAUAUAUUUAUAGAUACUUCUUGGUUCAAAGUAAAAUAUGUUAAAUUGGCUUUUACAGAAACAAUUCCUUCAUUAGACUGUUCAUACUCUGAUCAUUUCGGAAUUGACGCUCUUAUUGAACUUAUGAAUAAUUCAAUUAAUUCAAGUCCUAAUAAACUUAAAAUCGAAGAUUUGGAAAUUAUACAACAAGAAUUCAGCAAUUAUAUUAAUCAAGUGAAAAAAUACUCUCAUUUAAGAGUUGUUUACUUUUUCAUAUCUAUUAUUAUCAUAAUUGGAUUACACAUUUCAGUCUUUUGGUCUCAUAAUAUUUAUAUUACAUUUUUACUUUUCCUUAUUAAUACUAUUAUUUUAUCAACCAGUAUUUUUACUAGUUUGUAUGAAUUCAUUUUUAUAUGGUGGGAACUCAGAACACUUUCAGAAUUCCAGGAAGAAAUAGCAUUAGUGAAGCAUUUAAUUUCUUUUAAUUAG